GCAGCCUCUCCUUUCACAUUUAUGAAUCAUUUGCAAUCUUACUUAUCUUGGUGACAAACACAAAGCUUCUCCCUUUCUAUUUAUGCACCUAAAUAAAGCUCUCCGAGCUAUUUUAUAUUUCAAUAAUUCUCUGUUUUACCUUUGUUCUCAUUCUUAUCCACUCUAUCUUUUCCUUGUCUUUACUAUGGAACCCUAUCGGUAUUUUCAAUUUGUUGUCUUCUGCUCUAUUUUUGGAGUUCACACUUUUGGUUUCUUUGAUCCAGUGUUAAAAAGGAAAAAAGAGAAUUGUAUUGUGGGAUUCAUGCUAUUUAAUUAGUUUCAUAAUUUAUGCCUAAAUAAAAUGAUGCAACUUUUUGUAUAUUUAGAUCUUUUGUUUUCAAAAUACUUUAGUUUUGUAUUUUGAGAUCCAUUGUAUUUAGUUUCAUAAUUUAUGCUUAGAUAUUUAAUGAUGAGAACUUUUUUAGUCUUUUGCUUUCCUAUUUUCACUGUUUAGCAUAAAUUUGAAGAAAUUGGGAGGAUAGAAUACUUGGUAGGUAGACAAACACAUGUUUCCUGAGACUACAACCGACAUUUUGUAACAUUUGAUAAAAAGCUGAUAUUUUGUAAAAUAAAGCAACACUGUAUUGUGUCCAGCAGUGGAUUAUUUGAUAAUAUGUUUGGGAGGGCUGGGACUUGAGGUACUAACCAUACUGGUUGUGAAGGUUAUGGUAUUGCUUUUGAUGAAUGACUUAUGAAACACUUCUCUAAAGUUUCCAGACUAUGAAUUUCACUAGAUACAUCAAUGUUUCUUAUAUCAGUUUCUUGAAUCUUGAUAAGAAAGUAACUUCUCUUCAACAAUUUCUCAGGAAUUGCGUAAUGAGCCGAGCCUACGAAGAAAAUACUUAUUUAGAAGCCCAAAAUCCUGAUCACUAAGAAAGAAGUCCACAAAAGCCAGGUCUAGGUUUCGCUUCUUUCAUGUAAGCUUCUUCUCUCAAUGGACAAAAAGGAGGACAAGCGCGAGAUUGUAACAACCCUGGAGAUAAAGUUGGGUGAUUCAGAGAUCUUAGGAACGCCCAAAAACCAGCAAAAAGACAAGAAGCGGCGGAAGAAGGUUGAUCGAGAUUCCUUGUUGAAGCCUAAAAAGCUGCAGAAACACAAGUUGCGUAAUAAGAAGAAGCAGAAGGUUGCGGCAACCACAGAGCCUUCAGUGAUAGAUUCUGAUGAUCCAGGGGCUUUAGUAAAGCCUCAGAAGCCGAAAAGGCUCAGGAAGAUAGUAGAUGAAUUAAGUAACCGUCUGGACAAGAUGACUGAAAUUGUCAAAAAACUAAAGAAGAAUUCAGAUCUACUGGAGGAGGAGACUAGUAACACUUCAAAGGAAAAGGUGGUAGACAAUGAGUGCUAUUUCGAAUCUGAAGAUGCAGAUUUGAAAAACCGGCAAACAAUUUUCGUCCUGGGAUUUGAUUGUUCCUUUCCUAAGGAUGAAAUAAAGAGAACAUUGAUUAAACACUUCAGUUCUUGUGGAGAGGUCUCAAGGGUUUUUAUUCCUUUUCAUUGUGAUACUGGCUCUCCCAUGGGUUUUGCUUUCAUUAAUAUGAGAAAUCGAGACAAGGCUUUAACACUCGAUGGAAGUUACUUGGGAGGGAUGAGACUUACGGUUACAAUGGCUAUAAAGAGAAGUGAAUACUAUGGAUAUACCAACCGUCGUGGCUGUCAACGUUGUGGUAUUGCUUCAACGAAGCGGUUUAGGAAACGCUUCUAUGAGGAUUGCAGACUACGAAUCCCGUUAGAGCCUAGCAAUACCUAGCAAGAUCAGAAGCUACUGCUUUACCCGACCAGCUACAUCAUCCUUUGUAUUCUAAGAUGCCUUGUUUUAGCAUUCUUCUACUUAUGCAUUAUCUAUGUCUAAUUUAAAUGUUGAAUCUUUUUCUUUUUUAAAAAAAACUUGUUAUUUCUU